CACUUAGUUGGUGAAUCACCCAGGUGCUCUUUACGCACCGCGGCUAAAUGGGUAGAUUAAAGCUUGAAAAGUGGAGAUUAGACAAUCAGAGGGCAUCAGCCUUCCGUGUUGCUGGAGUUUCACCAUGCCUGCCUGUUUCCUUGUGUUCCUCUAGCAGCUCAGAGCGCAGGAUGGCAGACGGUGACACAAAUCUUCCACCUAUUGAGAGAAGGCUGGGACUGCAGAUAUGGGGCAUAGAGAAUAUGAAGAUGGUUCCUGUACCUGAAAAAGCUUAUGGGACUUUUUUUGAAGGGGACUGUUACAUAAUUCUGCACAGCAAAAGAACAUCUCGUGGCACGGCUGUGGAUUUGCAUUAUUGGAUUGGCAAGGAUUCAACUCAGGAUGAACAAGGUGCCGCGGCCAUGUAUGUCACCCAGCUGGACACUGCGCUCAGGGGAAACCCCGUGCAGCACCGGGAAGUGCAGGGACACGAGUCUGAGACCUUCCAAAGCUAUUUCCGCAAUGGCAUUAUCUACAAGAAGGGAGGAGUGGCUUCAGGAUUUAAGCAUGUGGAGACCAAUAUGUACAACAUCAAACGUCUUCUUCAUGUCAAGGGGAAGAAGCAUGUGACAGCCACGGAAGUAGCACUUUCCUGGGACAGUUUCAAUAAGGGCGAUGUGUUCUUACUGGACCUUGGGAAAGUGCUGAUCCAGUGGAAUGGACCCAACUGCAACAUUGCUGAGAAAUCCAGGGGCCUCGCGUUGGCUCGUAGCAUCAGGGACAGUGAAAGAGGCGGCCGCGCUCAGAUUGGCAUCAUUGACAACGAGAAAGACUCCCCAGACCUCCUAAAGAUCAUGAAGAUGGUGCUGGGGGAGAGGCGUGGGGAGCUCCGAGAUGCCAUCCCGGACACGAAAGCAGAUGAAUUGCAGAAAGCAAAUGUCAGGCUCUACCAUGUCUACGAGAAGGACAAUGACCUGGUGGUACAGGAGAUAGCCACUCGGCCCCUGACACAGGACCUGCUCCAGCACGAGGACUGCUACAUUUUAGACCAAGGUGGCUAUAAGAUUUAUGUCUGGAGAGGAAAAGCCUCCAACCAGGAAGAGAAAAAAGCAGCCUUCACUCGAGCUGUGGGUUUUAUCCAGGCCAAAGGCUACUCUCCUUCUACCAACAUUGAAGUGAUCAAUGAUGGUGCAGAGUCAGCCAUGUUCAAACAGCUCUUCCAGAAGUGGACAGAAAAGGAUGAAACACUAGGACUGGGCAAAAUCUAUACUGUUGGCAAAACUGCCAAGGUGGAGCAGGUGAAGUUUGACACGACUCAGCUCCAUGCGAGACCAGAGCUAGCUGCUGAGCAGAGAAUGGUGGAUGAUGCCUCUGGGGACAUUGAGGUGUGGAGAAUUGAGGACCUGCAGAUGCAGCCGGUGAAUCCCAAGACAUACGGGCAGUUCUACGGAGGUGAUUGCUACCUGGUCCUGUACACCUACCUCAGAUCAGGCCGGCCUCACUAUGUCCUCUACAUGUGGCAGGGUCGCCAUGCUUCUGUGGAUGAAAUCACUGCCUGUGCCCUCAAUGCCAUUGAGCUGGACAAAAAGUACGGGGACGAAGCUGUGCAAGUGCGCGUGACCAUGGGCAAGGAGCCAGCACACUUCCUGGCGAUCUUCAAGGGCAAGCUGAUCAUUUACGAGAGUGGCACGAGCCGGGCUCAGAAAAGCACGCCCGAGCCAGCGAUCCGCCUCUUCCAGGUGAGGGGCACAAGUGAGAUGAACACCAAGGCCACGGAGGUGCCAGCCCGGGCCUCCUCUCUCAAUUCCAACGACGUCUUCCUGCUGGCCACUAACCAAGUCUGCUACCUGUGGUGUGGGAAGGGCUGCAGCGGAGAUGAGAGGGAGAUGGCAAAGAUGGUGGCUGACAUUGUCUCCAGGAGGGACAAGCACACCGUUCUGGAGGGACAAGAGCCAGCAGAGUUCUGGGAAGCACUGGGAGGCAAAGCCCCUUAUGCCAGUGAAAAGAGGUUUCAAGAGCAGAUCACACACUACCAGCCUCGCCUCUUUGAGUGCUCCAACCAGACAGGGCGGUUCAUCAUGACAGAAGUGGUGGGCUUCUGCCAGGAAGACUUGGACGAAGACGAUGUCAUGCUGCUAGACACUUGGGAAGAGAUUUUCCUUUGGAUUGGCAAAGCCUCCAACACAUAUGAGAGGAACGAGGCAAUUGCCUCAGCCAAGGAGUAUCUCAAGACCCAUCCAGCAGGGAGAGACUUGGCAACUCCAAUAAUACUGGUGAAGCAGGGUUGUGAACCCCUCAACUUCACAGGAUGGUUCAACGCUUGGGACCCCUACAAAUGGAGUGAUGGCAAGUCCUAUGAGGAGAUGAAGAACAGCUUAGGAGACAUGUCGGCCAUAUCUGAGAUUACAGUGGACCUUAACAACAUCAGCCUGAGCAAGAAAACCCUCAGCAUGACCAAUUUGGCUGUUUCAAGCACAGCGAGUGCUUCCCCCGAGUAUAAAUCCCACUUCAACCACGCCGACAGCAGCAGCUACACCAACAACAGCAGCUACACCAACAGCAGCCCUUCCUCAAUGCCCAACGGCGAAGGAAUCUACUCCCGGGAGGUGCUGAUGAACAAGACCGUGGAUGAACUUCCAGAAGGAGUGGAUCCCACUAAAAAAGAGUACUAUCUCUCCGACGCUGAUUUCCAUGAUAUCUUUGGGAAGUCCAAACACGAGUUCUACCAGAUGCCCAAAUGGAAGCAGCAGAAUGAGAAGAAGCAGUGUGGACUCUUCUGAGCCUGCAGGGGCCACCCAGCAUCCAGUGACUCUGGGACCAACCCUUGCUCUCUCAGGAGCUGCAGGGAGGACAUACAGACAUUUGCUCAACGAACCCAACCCAACAUCUUAAUCAGGCCAAGCUCCAACGCAGUUAUUCCAGCAACCACUGUUCAGGGGAUGGCUCCUUUCUCCCUGCAAGUCCCCAAAACAAGGAGACAAAACCUUUUGCAGAAUGGCUUUGCAGGAUGUUUUUGCCCCUUUUGGACACUUUAUUGCUAAUAGCCAUGAAGACAAGUGUGUGUCACAGCUGUGUUGUAGCCUCUUCUUUUCCUCUCCCUUUUGCAAUCUGCCACAUCCACAAGGCCACGAUCUUCCUUUGUUUGGAGCAGUUUAAAUUUAGGCAAGACAAGGGCCACUUGUAGCUGUUACAUAAAUUCUGGAUGGGAAGAGAAGGGGAAAGCCCUAGGGAGAGAGCCUUGGGGUCAGGAAAAGGCAGUGGAGUGGCCAGAUGUGUGAUGGGGCAGCCCAUGGAGUACAACUAGCCAGGUCAGCCUCUUCUCACCCUGCAGAAAAGCUCCUCGUCAUAAGCCAGCAAGGAUCGAUUAUAGACUAACAUGCAUAGCCUAAUGCAAGUAAAACAAAUAAAAAAAUGGGUUGGGAAAAAAUACAUAUUUAGAGUAUAUUUAUUAGCUAAUCUAUUUCAAGAAGAUGAUGAGAUUAAAGGCUAGAUGCAGCUGUUGAUUUUGACUGCCCAAGAAGACUGAUUUUUUUUUUCCAUUCAGACAACAUCUCUGGUCCUACCAUGAGCGUGACUGGGGGCAGGUGAGUCUGAGCCCACCUCCCCACAGACCAGAGCCUUGGCAAAGCCAGGAGGGUUUGGGGUAUGAGCUCAAUCUGAUUGGAGGGGGCAGGGGGAAAAGUGAGUGAUCAGUGAUGAAGGGAUGCAACUAUAUAGGAAAGGAGGAAAAACAUAUGUUUAAAAACCCCAAAGAUGUGGUUUUAAAGCUUUACUCUAUUUCCAGCCUGAUGGGUGAUUCCAAAUAAACAGCCAACAGCAGCACU